AUGAGUGAGAGAACGGCACUAGGGGCCACCAUGGAGACCAUGACCCUGGAGGAGCCCGGGGUGAAAUAAGCCUCUCCUCGGGCCCCAGGGCCCCCUCCAUGUGGCCCCCAGUGAAGUGUGGCCCGCCAGCAGACCUGGCUUUGCGUUGUGCCCUUACUGAUGGGCUUUGUGGGCCUGGGCCUCAGCCUGAUGCUUCUUAAAUGAUUGUGGUGCUCAGUGCAGGAUUACGUCCCGACUGACCUGGUGGAUGCCAGCAUCGGACAGGACCCGAUUUCAUCUAAACCCAGUGCCCCGCCGAAGGGUUCCGAUGGCUCCACGCCUACCACUUCUUCCCCACCUCACGGCCCGGGUUCAGCGACCCGAGCGGCUGAGGGUACAGGCACAGUGCAAAGGACUCUGAUUGGGCAGUCCUCAAACCACACGGCCAGCAGCAGUAGCAGCAGUGGAGGAGGUGGGGCCUUUAGGGGAGGCCUGGGAAACAGAGCCCACACCUGGUGACAUAACAGAGUGGGAACGCGAUUGACCAACACCACCACCGCCACCCGAGCCACCAAUCCUGCCCCACCAGGAGGAAAGGAGGUGACCCCACGCAGCACCACUGUUCAAAAACCCAAUGGGGAUGGUGGGAGCCGAAAUGCAUCCCCUUCUGCACGGGCUGCACCGAGGCACACCACCACGAGCACGCAUUUUACCACUACGCGACAUGACGAUGAGCACAAGCACCACGCAAGCGCCCAAACGACCUCCCACCCUCGCGCCGCCUCCAAACCUGGUCAACGCUGGAACCAUGGCCGCCUCCAAGGGCCCUUCAACCAAGCCUACUCGCCACACCAACGCUUCAGGACACUUGCCCCUACAACCUCCACCGUACGUUCAGAGUUCUUCAAGCCGUGCCAAGACAGUCAGGAGAUGGCCUUCUGUUUGAAUGAGAGAGAAUGCUUCAUCAUCGAAACAGUGGCAGGUGUACACAGACACUGCAGGUGUAAAGAGGGCUACCGUGGACUUCGCUGUGACCAGUUUGUCCCAAAGACAGACUCCAUCUUAUCAGACCCAACAGCAGAUGAGCUGGGCAUUGAGUUUAUGGAGAGUGCGGAAACCUAUCAGAGACAGAUAUUGUCCAUCUUCAGCAUAGCCAUGGGGAUCAGCCUGCUGGGAGUGGCUUGCAUGGCUCUUUACUGCAAAAACAAGAGACAAAGAGAGAAGAAUCGAGCCCACCUGACCGAAAUUCGCAACUUGAGGGACAGUACUAUCAACGCCUCGGGUCUCAUGUCUAAAUCCAGCCCCCGACUCGAGAGCGCCCUCCAGCUUCAGAAGAGCAGAAGAGCCCAUGGUUUCUCCUCUCCGCAGGCGGCCAGUAUCGUUCUCAGCAGCUCUAAAGUUUCUCUACCAAAUCAUAAUCGCAGUCUCUCCAUGGGGAAGCGCUGCAGAAGCUGCUCUUUCUCCUCAAGCCCUGCCCUAAAACACAAGGUAACCAAUUAUCGAGCUGUCUCAAAGUGGACCCCGCCCAUCUCUAGAGCAGGCCAUCAUCUCAGUGGAGGAUCUCGAGAUUCUCUUCAUUCCUAUAAACAUCUCCAGGAAGUGGAGGUGAAUGAGGUGAUGCCACAGUCCUUGAGAAGGUGCCAGUCUCACUCGGACAGCAAUCAACAAAGCCGUUGUAAUCUGAAUAUGCAAAUUAUGCUCUCCGCCCAUUCCAAAGGAAAGAUGGGCUACACCGACGUUCCGUGCACUCGUCUCGACCAGGGAACGACCUUUCCUCCCCCUUCUUUCCGAGCCCACUCCGUACCCAUUAUCCCCUCCGUUCAGGGACCUGAUUUUGGGGAGGGGGGCGGGAACAAGCUGCAUAACGGGGGUAGGGGAUCUUCCAGCUACAACCUAAUCAAUCCUGAGACUGAGGCGGAGUCAGUGGCAAAUUCCAGCCGAUCACUUGCCAGCUCCUCUGUGGCGGUGCAGGAUCCACAGACACUCACCUGCUCCGAGUCUGCACUGAUGUCAAGGGGCCAAAUCAAACACAAAAGCCUUGUUACCUACACAACAGCCUUGGGAUCAGGCACAAGCUCCAGAAGAGCAAAGACUGUCAUUUCUAUGACCGUACUGGGAUCAGGGGCGAAAACCACGCAGUACACCGCCAGCCCGCUGUCUAAGGCUGCCGGAGGACACGAGGCCCGCUCUGCUUUCGGCGAAGGACAGCAGGAUGACGGUUUAGGGGACGAAAAAGACUGCUCUUUUUCUGACGGGGUUAGAGGUGUGGCCAGCCUCACAUAUCCCAAAAGCUGAUUGGAUAAACGGAAAGAUUGCUUUGGAAGCUCCACGUCGGUGUGGACGGGGGCCGGAACGUCCCCUCUUGUGCAAAACACUUACUUUUGGAACAAUUUUACUGCAUUGUGAAAUACAACUAAUGACAAUUCGGUUUAAAACUCUGACUUACUGACAACACAAUGUGAAUAGAUGCGAGAGAAUGAAGACUUUGGUGGGAUGGUGAUCUAAAGAGUUAUUGGAGAGGAUUUAUAUGCCACUAUUUAACAAAAAGCUUCAAUUUAGAAACCAAAUAGUGUCUCAUCUCAGUGUUGUUUCUCUACUGUAAAGAAGAAAAAAUAUAAUAGAUGUCAAAACUAUAUGUAUGUCAUAUAUUCCAUGUAUAUGACAUACCGAGUGACGAAAAUAAAGAUGCAAAACAUGGUAAUGCAGAAGCUUUUUUUCCAAUAACUGCUGUUCUAUAAUCUCAGCCCAGCUCUGUCUUUUUGUCUGUUUUGCUUGAGGUCUUGAGAAGAAAAACGGCAGUUUCUGAAUAAAAUCUGAAUGUCACCCUGUCA